AUGCUAACUAACUGGCAGGAAAUCAAUGAAAGUUCAAUGGUUUUGAAGGUGUUCUUCCCUCAAUGCUGCAACCGUGCAGCCAGCGGUCUGCUAGUAGGACGAUGGCUCCCUCAGCAUAACUCGGCCGUUGUGCUGGCUGUCAUCCAUUAUCCUUUUAUACCAAUCCAAGUCAAAGAGUACAUACGGCAGAUGGGGAAGGAGAGCCACGUGGAUCUGUCCAUUUUGGGCUCAUGGAGUUUGCCACAAGAUGGUGAGGAGGACAAGGACAGCUUCCAGGAUGGCCUGAGCGCCAUCUUUGACAUGCAGCGCUGGCUCCAGGUCAGUCGGCGCCUGGGCCACAAGGGCUUCACCUGCCGCGUCCUGGGAGAAACUAUGCCAGAAAAGGAGAAGAAGAAGAGUGAAGAGAAGAAGGAAGAUGAAGCUGAGGAGAAGGUGAUCUUUGUCCACUACGAGCAAAGAAAAGUGAUGUUGUCGCAGCUUCAUCCUGUCCAGAACGGUGUUCCGGACUCCCGAGAUGAUUCGCUGUCUGAGUUGAGACAGGUGUUCCACACGGUGUCCAGUAGCGGUCCUCUUUUCUUCCUGGACAAAUACGAUGACAGCCCCUUAAAGUCUACCCACUGGCAGUCAGAUGGCCGUGAGGGUAGCAUCAUCGUGGAGCUAGUCAAGCAGGCUUCCGUCCCGCUCUGUGCGCUCCUCAGAUGGAUCUUGGCUGUGUGGACCUGGAUCUGCGCCAUGCGGAUUUUUGGACUUUUUCCGCUGCCCUUCCUGUGGUCCAAGUUGUCAUCGUGUGUGCAGUUGAGCUACAGAACCCAACACCUCAAGACGCUAACAGAUGGCAGUCAAUCGCAAUUACUCAGAAAGGCCAACGUGUUUGUGUCAUUCCUGGUGGACAUUGGCCUAGGUCUGUUUCUCGCGUCCUGGCUCUACAGGGACCAGCACAUUAGCAUGUUAGCCGACAAGCUAGUGCCCGCUGCUGACCAUGUUGCUAAGGAGCUGGAGGAGCUUCUCCAGUGGCUGAUGGGUGCCCCUGCCGGGCUUAAGAUGAACCGGGCCCUGGACGAGGUGCUGGGACGCUUCUUCCUCUACCACAUCCACAUGUGGAUCAGUUACGUACACCUGCUGUCUCCCUUCGUGGAGUCCAUCUUGUGGUACGGUGGCCUGUCAGCGUGCUUGGGUUUGACCUUUGCGCUGUCUCUGCUGUCCGACAUGGUGGCGCUGCUCACCUUCCAUAUCUACUGCUUCUACGUCUACGGAGCCAGACUGUAUUGCUUGAAGAUCUACGGCCUCUCUUCUCUGUGGAGGCUCUUCAGAGGCAAGAAGUGGAAUGUCCUCAGACAAAGGGUUGACUCGUGCUCCUAUGACCUCGACCAGCUCUUCAUUGGUACUCUGCUCUUUACCAUCCUGCUCUUCCUACUGCCUACGACAGCACUCUACUACCUGGUUUUCACACUGUUGCGUCUCGUGAUCGUGCUGUUCCAGGGCGUUAUCCACCUUAGUGUGGAUUUCAUCAACUCCUUCCCACUUUACGCCAUGGGUCUUCGCAUGUGUCGUCCAUACAGACUCGCAGAGGGUGUGAGGUUUAGGGUACUUAGUGAGGAGCCAGGAACGGCUCUUCAUUUGCUCAUGGAGAUUAACCCGUUGAAAAGCAGCGUGGUGGUCGAUACGUACCGCACGCCCACUUACAGCUGCUACCCCAAAGACUCAUGGAGCGCCCUUAUCAAGAAGCUCUUUGUCGGGGAGCUCAUCUACCCGUGGACGUACAAGAGCACCAAGGGCCAUGCCGCCAAGGCUGACUGA